UCGCGGUGCAUUGUGGGCUCUGCUAGAGCCCUGGCUCAUGAAUGAAAGUGGCGCGCCGGUCUUAUCGGUACCGGAUAGGAGCGGGUGGCGUUCGGAUCCUGGUGGGGAUUCGGGUGCCUUGGACCUGUGGUCCCCACCGCACCUCUUGUAGGCAGCUGCGCAAGUCGGCUCUGCGCGGACCCAAGACAUGGCUCACAACAAGAUCCCGCCGCGGUGGCUGAAUUGUCCGCGGCGCGGCCAGCCGGUGGCAGGAAGGUUCUUACCUCUGAAGACAAUGCUGGGACCAAGAUAUGAUAGUCAAGUUGCUGAAGAAAAUCGGUUCCAUCCCAGUAUGCUCUCAAAUUAUUUAAAGAGUUUAAAGGUUAAAAUGAGCUUGUUGGUAGACUUGACAAAUACAUCAAGGUUCUAUGACAGACAUGACAUAGAAAAAGAAGGAAUCAAAUACAUUAAACUUCAGUGUAAAGGACAUGGUGAAUGCCCUACAACUGAGAAUACCGAGACAUUCAUUCGUCUCUGUGAGCGGUUUAAUGAAAGAAACCCACCUGAACUUAUAGGUGUUCAUUGUACCCAUGGUUUCAAUCGCACUGGUUUCCUCAUAUGUGCCUUUUUGGUGGAGAAAAUGGAUUGGAGUAUUGAAGCAGCAGUUGCUACUUUUGCCCAAGCCAGACCACCAGGAAUCUAUAAGGGUGAUUAUUUGAAGGAACUUUUUCGUCGUUAUGGUGAUAUAGAGGAAGCACCACCACCACCUGUAUUGCCAGAUUGGUGUUUUGAGGAUGAUGAAGAUGAGGAUGAGGAUGAGGAUGUAAAAAAGGAAUCAGAACCUGGGUCAAGUGCUUCCUUUGGCAAAAGGAGAAAAGAACGGUUAAAACUGGGUGCUAUUUUCUUGGAAGGUAUAACUGUGAAAGGUGUCACUCAAGUAACAACUCAACCAAAGUUAGGAGAAGUACAGCAGAAGUGUCAUCAGUUCUGUGGCUGGGAAGGGUCUGGAUUUCCUGGAGCACAGCCUGUUUCAAUGGACAAGCAAAAUAUUAAACUUUUAGAGCAGAACCCAUAUAAAGUAAGCUGGAAAGCAGAUGGUACUCGUUAUAUGAUGUUGAUUGAUGGCACAAAUGAAGUUUUUAUGAUUGAUAGAGAUAACUCAGUGUUUCAUGUGUCAAAUUUGGAAUUUCCAUUUCGUAAAGAUCUCCGUAUGCAUUUAUCAAAUACGCUUUUGGAUGGGGAAAUGAUCAUUGACAAAGUAAAUGGACAGGCGGUUCCUAGAUAUUUGAUAUAUGAUAUAAUUAAAUUCAAUGCCCAGCCCGUUGGAGAUUGUGAUUUUAAUAUUCGUCUGCAGUGUAUAGAACGAGAAAUUAUAAAUCCUCGACAUGAAAAAAUCAAGAGUGGACUCAUUGACAAAGCACAGGAACCAUUUAGUGUCAGAAAUAAGCCAUUUUUUGACAUUCAUGCUUCAAGAAAGUUACUUGAAGGAAAUUUUGCCAAAGAAGUCAGCCACGAAAUGGAUGGACUUAUUUUUCAGCCUAUUGGAAAAUAUAAACCAGGUCGGUGUGAUGAUAUUUUGAAAUGGAAGCCUCCCAGUCUGAACUCCGUUGAUUUUCGCCUAAAGAUAACAAGAAUGGGUGGAGAAGGGCUACUUCCUCAGAAUAUUGGCCUUCUCUAUGUUGGAGGUUUUGAAAGACCCUUUGCACAAAUCAAGGUGACAAAAGAGCUAAAACAGUAUGACAACAAAAUUAUAGAAUGUAAAUUUGAGAACAACAGCUGGAUCUUCAUGAGACAGAGGACAGACAAAAGUUUUCCUAAUGCAUACAACACUGCUAUGGCUGUGUGUAAUAGCAUCUCAAAUCCUGUCACAAAGGAGAUGCUGUUUGAGUUCAUCGACAGAUGUACUGCAGCUUCUCAAGGACAGAAGCGAAAGCAUCACUUGGACCCUGACACAGAACUCAUGCCACCACCACCUCCCAAGCGGCCACACCCUUCAACCUAAUGCCUGCCUCUGACUGGAGGGUCAAGAGGAAAGAUGAGUAAGAAAAAUGCUGUUGCCCCAUUUUUGCAGCCAGAGAAAUUCAAAAAUGAGUGUGGCUUGACAUCUUUAUACAUUGUGAAUUUUUUUAAGACAGGUAUUGUAGCCAGCCUGUAUAUAUUUGAUUCAUCUGUUUCCUCAGUGCUACAAUACCUCUUGGAUUUAAACAUUUUAUUUAUAUCUGAGAAACUCAGCCUUACCUUGUGGAAUAUUAAGAUUGAAAUGUCCAAAGGUUUAAAUAAGAUUGAAAUCAAUGAAAAAGAGGCCUUGUUUAUAUUAGAAUAAUCUUUACAUUUAAUUUAUAAAGUUAGUAAUCUGGAACUGUGAGCACAUAAAACACUUGUCAUUUUCAGAAGUUGAAUCUCAACUUUGGCAAUCUUUUCUUUUAAAAAUUUAGGCAGUGGCAUCAAAAGUUCUGUUAUUUAUCAUGGAUUCCUCACAUUUCUAAAGUUCCUAUAUUCAAAAAACAAAUGCUAAGUACUGUACUAUAUUAAACAACUUGGUCUGGUUUGUAUCAUUAUAAGAAGGGUUUUUUUGGAAAAAGUAAAAAAGGUAAAACUCCAUUUUUGUGAAUUGCAUUGUUUUUUUGAAAAAUAUUUUGACUUUUUAUCUGCAUCUAUUGUUUGAACUACAGUAUCAGUUAUCCAGUUUGUUCAUUCUGGCAGUGGUUUGAGUUACUUCAUGGAACUUAGAUAUACACCACCAGGUCACUUAUACGUCGUUCUCCUGGGAGAGUUUUCUUUUUUUAAAUGCGGAGUUAUUUCUGCUUUACCGCAGUGGUAUCAGCACAUUGUAAGUUACAUUAAAAUACACAACUCACUGUGAUCUAUGGGAGCAAUAUCAAAUACAGAUGAUGUUGUGUUCGUUCCCUCAAACGAAACAGCAAAGGAAAUGCCGGGUGACUCCUUUGAUUAGAAAGUAAUGUCAGUGGAAUAGAAAGCUGUCACUAGAAAAUGCACUCCCACUGCUAUAUAAAUGUUGAGGUGAAGCAGAGGCAUUUAUAGGAAGUAAACAUCAAGGAAAUCAAGAUGUUUACGUUCAAAGCUAGUAUUCUAUCUACACUCUAAGGAUGUUACUGCAUUGGUAUUUCUGAAUUUCAAAAUGAUUACUAAUAGACAGUGGGUUUACAGGGCAGCAAAUUGAUCAUCUACCAUCGUUGAGAAAUUAUGUUCUGAUGUUUGUGAAGGAACUCAGAAUUAACUGGCUAGAGGCUAAUGUAUUUAUUUUUAGAAGUAUAGGUUUUAAGUAUAUUUAAGACAAAUUUUCGGGCCGGGAUUU